CAUCACGAGUAAUUUGAAUAAAAAUUUAUUGUGUUGGUUGUAUUGUAUCAUCCAUCUUAUCUCUCUGAUUUCUGAGUUAAUGCAUAAAUGAGAGUGGAUGUGGUAGCCAAGGAGAAGCAGCCACUCAAUUAACAAAAACAAGGGAAAGGUAAUGAAUCUAAUUCAUUCUUCAUUCGGCUAUGGAUUCUUUGUGUUGUGUCAUGUUGUGUGAAACAUAGUAUAGGUUGUCCUGUUUCUGCUGCAAUGGAGCUGGCUUUUCAUUCAGCCUUGUACCCACCGUCUCUGUCUUCCACUUUCACAACCAGAAGACCUAAUUUCAAUUCCCGGCUUUUGAUUUUGAACAAACCUUUCACUGUUAGGAACUUCUCCGUGCCUUCUGCUCUGGCAUAUGAUUCUGAAUUAGAGAGCAAAAAGCAUCUACUUCUGACCUCUGUCCAAGACACGCAAAGGGGUCUCUUAACAACUCCUGAUCAACGCUCCUCUAUUGAGGAGGCUCUGGUGAAUGUGGAAAGCCGUAACAUGGGCGACCCCAUCAAUCUGGCUAAGUUGGAUGGAACAUGGCGCCUCCAGUACACUUCUGCCCCCGAUGUUCUCAUUCUUCUCCAAGCUGCUGCUACACUUCCUUUCUUUCAAGUUGGACAGAUCUUUCAAAAAUUUGAAUGUCGUGAUCAAUCUAAUGGAGGUAUUAUCCGCAAUGUUGUUCGUUGGAGUAUUCCAAAUUUGUUAGAGGAACAAGAAGGUGCUACACUGCUUGUAUCCGCCAAGUUUAACGUAGUAUCUGUCCGUAAUAUAUACCUUCAGUUUCAAGAGAUCACAGUUCAAGAUAUAAAUAUUAGUGAAGAGCUGCAGGCUGUAAUAGCUCCAGCAAUACUACCUCGAUCUUUUAUAAGUCUUCAGAUUUUGCAAUUUCUCCGCACUUUCAAAGCUCAAAUCCCUGUGAGAGAUCCAGGAAGGGAAUCGGUGGGAGGACUAUAUUACCUCAGUUAUUUGGAUGAUAAUAUGCUUUUGGGUCGUGCAGUUGGUGGAGGGGGGGUAUUUGUUUUUACCAGAGCGCAAUCUCUCUACUGAUGAGCAUUGGGAAGUUCUCAAAACUUAUACUGUUUGCCGGCCAUAACACUUAAUGACCUUUUGUGGAUGGGAGUGGACUCAUUUAGAGCGAGAAAUUGACCAGAGUCAUAUAGUACAGAAGGAGUUCUGGCUACUAAAGAAGGCUAUUAUAUCCAGUUGUUGUGUUGACUUUAUUUGAAUUUCUUUUUCUUUAUGUAUAUUUGCACUGUUUCUAUUGAAUUCGUUAUAUAUUGGCAAAGUAAGAGGUGAGUGUUAGUUGUAGAAUUGGAGAUGUUAAUAUACGUUAUACGACUUCUGGGAAGAGGAUAACGAGCCUGAUCCUGCUAUGUACUGUGCAGGAGUCUUGUAAUCAUUUUACGCUUCAUGAGAUGGAUAGUAUUAUAUUGGCAAAGUCA